AUGACUGAUGCAGCUGCAGCUGGCAUGCCUGAACAUUCCGGCAACAGUGUCCAUCCCAGGUUGGAUGUGUACGUGUGGGACAUGGAUGAGACGCUUGUACUACUCAACUCCUUGCUCAAAUCAUCAUAUGCCGAGGCUUUUAACGGUCUGAAGGAUGUGGGAAAGGGAGUUGAAAUCGGAAGGAUGUGGGAAAACCUCAUUCUACAAACAUGUGAUGAUUAUUUCUUCUAUGAACAAAUUGAAACUUACAAUGAGCCAUUUCUUGAUGCUCUGGCCCAAUAUGAUGAUGGGAGGGACCUAUCUGAUUAUGACUUCAACCAAGAUGAAUUAGGUUCCCCUCAUGAUGAUGCCAACAAAAAAAAACUUGCAUAUAGGCAUCGAGUCAUUGCCCAAAAGUACAUACAGGGUAUACAGAAUAUUUUAGAUAAUGAAACAAUAAAACUCUGGGAAGAAUUGUAUGAUAAAACUGAUGAAUACACUGACAGGUGGCUUUCAUCAGCACGAACCUUUUUGGAGGAAUGUUCGGGUGAAGAUGAAGAUACAGUUUCUUUGAUUGCUUCUUCUGACGCUAGUUCUAACUCGACUAAUGUAAAGCAUGUUAAUGUUUUAGUGACGUCUGGAUCGUUAAUUCCCUCACUUGUGAAAUGCCUGCUCUUUCGUCUGGACAGCUUAAUAAGCCAUGAAAAUGUUUAUAGCUCAUGGGAAGUGGGAAAAAUUCAAUGUUUUAGAUGGAUCAAGCAGCGUUUCAACCACCCGAAUGUUCGCUUUUGUGCAUUUGGAGAUGGAUGGGAAGAGUGUGAGGCAGCAGAAAUCAUGAGAUGGCCAUUUGUUAAGAUUGAUCCACGGCCAGAAAAACUUCACAGGUUCCCUGGUCUCACUUUGACUACAGUCAGCCACUACUUUUCUGUGGUGUAUGGAAGGCCAAACAAUGAGAGUGAAGAUGAUUGA